AUGGCGGGAGGUACCAACUUACCUAAUGCAGUAGGCAACGAUGUGGCCCCGCCAUUGGUCGGGCGCCAUGAGUCAGCCGGCGGCCCCAGGCAUCCAGGGUCAUGCAGUGGCGUCAUAGGCUCGGGCGUUGUCCCAUUCUCUCCUCGCCGAGGCCCUGCGCUCGCUCUUUUCCUUGCAUGUUCCUUCGGCUCUCUCAGCUCGGGCCUCCAGUACCCUUCGAUUUCCGACCCGAGUUUGACCAGAUUGCCCCUCGCCGCGUCUCCUACGAAGCCGUCCCCCAGGUCAUGUGCUGAGAUUCGGCUUCAUCGCUGUGAUAUAAUGUCCCCAGAUGCAGCGGCUCUACCCUCUCCUCCAGACUUUGCACCGUGGGAGAACGUUCCCCGCCGCCCUCAGUCCCUCGGUGGUAUGCAGCCGGGCGGGAAGUCAAUCGCCGCCGGACUAGGAUCGUAUCAGGCCAACAACAGCUAUGGGUCCCCCGCCGGAUCUCAACCAGCUCGGUUCCCCAAUAUUAAGGAUCUUCAGGAUGAAGCAGCAGCUCUUGAUCUGAAUGACAAUACAUCGCUUAGCGUUCUGCUGGAACGAGCGCAAGUGGCCAUAGAUCGAGCCCGUGAGCUUGCCAACACCGAUCAGCUGGAUAGAGCUUAUGUGCAUUACCUGCGAGCAUCCGAGAUCACGAUCAACAUAAUACCUAAUCACCCUGACUACCGAGCCACUGCCAGCCAACGUCCGGGAUGGUACAAACGAUUCGGGGAGUUGAUGAUGGUAUGCCGUGACCCCUCUAAAGCACAUUCAGUGCUGUGA